GGAGCGGCCUGCAGCAUGUCUGGAUCUAUACCAUUCUACCAGAAGCACCAUCGCCACUAUGACCGUGACUACCGUAGCAGGGAGACGAGGUCUAAACUGAGCCAGUACCAGACCAGCAGCAGAUAUACUGCUGGCAGCAGCACCUCCUCCGCUGCCACCGCCACCAGCAGGAGUAGGGGACUUAACGUGUCUUCACAUUAUGGGCUGGAGGCAAGCAGACUGAGCCCCCUACCCAAGAGAGCCAAGCCAACUUACUUGGCUGUGGAUAAAGAGAACCAAAUCAUCGGCUAUGUAGUGCCUAUCUUCAGGGGCAGUGAAGACUUUGCUACAGGAUAUUCGCAUACAGAGGAAGGAAGGGUGAGGGACACUGCUUCAUACAUGGCCAACAGGGAUUUGUUCACCAGUGGCCUGGAGAUGGAGAGGUCAGAGCAGACCACCAGGAGGGAGAACAUGCGCGAGUCGGCCAAUCGCAUCUCUCUGAACAAAAGGAUCCAUGAACACGGGGAACACUUUAAGCGUAUGAACGAAGACAGCCUGAUGCAUCCUCCAGAGUUUGUGAUUAAACCGCGCUCCCACACCGUGUGGGAGAAGCAAUGUGUGCGGCUGCAUUGCACUGUCAGCGGCUGGCCUGAUCCAAGGAUCGUCUGGUACAAAAACAAUGUGCCAAUUGACCCUCUUGCCCAUGCUGGCAAGUAUAUACUCGACAGCAGAUACAGCAUGCACUCACUGGAGAUUAACAGAUGUGAUUUUGAUGACACGGCGCAGUAUCGCGUCUCUGCCAUGAACUCCAAGGGAGAGCUGUCUGCAUUUGCCUCCGUCGUUGUUAAAAGGUUUAAAGGUGAAAUUGAUGAGUCCCUGCCAUCACCCAGACAUGGCCCAGUGUCCGAGUAUGGCAUCAACUUCAAGACUCACAUUGUUGAUAACUUCAGUGUGUCAUUUGGAAGAGAGGGUGAGACCAUGAGUCUGGGAUGUACGGUCAUCAUUUACCCUGCCCUGCACCGCUACCAGCCAGAGAUCCAGUGGUACAGAGACGAUGUUCUGCUGUCUCCUUCUAAAUGGAACGACAUGACCUGGAGUGGAGAUCGAGCCACGCUGACGCUCACACACCUCAACAAAGAGGACGAGGGGCUCUACACCCUGCGAGUCACCACCAAGUCUGGAUAUGAAACCUACUCAGCCUACGUCUUUGUCAGAGAUGCUGAAGCUGAGGUUGAAAGUGCUCCCGGUGCCCCUCUGGAUGUGCGCUGCCUGGAUGCCAACAAGGAUUACAUCAUUGUCAACUGGAAGCAGCCAGCUGUCGAUGGCGGCGACUCCAUCUUGGGCUACUUUGUGGACAGAUGUGAGGUUGGAACCAACCACUGGAUCCAGUGCAACGACACCCCAGUUAAGUUUGCCCGUUUCCCCGUCACCGGCCUGGUGGAGGGGCGCUCCUUUAUGUUCCGUGUGCGUGCCGUCAACAAGAGUGGCAUGAGCCGCCCGUCCAGAGUCUCUGAGCCGGUGGCUGCCAUGGACCCGGCUGACCGCGCUCGCAUGAGAGGUACCUCCGCUCCCUGGACCGGCCAAAUCAUUGUCACAGAGGAGGAGCCUGCAGAGGGCAUUGUUCCCGGCAGACCUCUUGAGCUGCAGGUGACAGAGGCAACCAAGAACUAUGUGGUGCUGAGCUGGAAGCCGCCUGGAGAGAAAGGCCUUGAGGGAGUCAUGUACUACGUGGAAAAGUGUGUCUCGGGCACAGACAGCUGGCAGAGGGUGAACACGGAGAUCCCAGUCAAGUCUCCUCGUUUUGCGCUAUUUGAUCUCGCCGAGGGGAAAUCCUACAGCUUCCGCGUCCGCUGCUGCAACUCUGCCGGUGUUGGCGAGCCAUCUAACCCAACGGAGGCCACCACCGUCGGCGACAAGCUCGAUAUCCCAUCUGCCCCAAGCAAAGUUGUCCCCAUCAACAACACAGACACAUCAGUCGUUGUGUCUUGGCAAGCGUCCCGUGACGCCAAAGAGUUGGUGGGAUACUACAUUGAGGCGAGCAUUGUGGGUAGCAAUGAGUGGGAGCCAUGCAACAACAAGCCUGUAAAUGUUACCAGGUUCAUCUGCCACGGUCUGAUGACGGGAGAGAAGUACGUGUUCAGGGUGAGGGCAGUGAACGCAGCAGGGCUCAGCCAGUUCUCCCCGGAGUCUGAGCCUGUGGAGGUAAAGGCAGCUAUUGCCUCCCCUGCUCCGCCCUAUGGCAUCUCUGUCCUGGAGUGUGUGUGCGACUCCAUGGUGCUGGCCUGGAAACAGCCAAACUUUGUCGGCGGUGCUGACAUCACCGGCUACUUCGUGGAUUACCGUGAGGUCAUCGAUGGCGUGCCAGGGAAGUGGCACGAGGGCAACGUCAGGGCUAUCAGCGAGAGGGCCUACAGGGUGUCUGACCUGAAGGAGAACAAAAAGUACCAGUUCCAGGUGCGAGCGGCCAACAUGGCAGGUGUCGGCAUCCCUUCACUGCCCAGUGACACCUUCCUGUGCGAGGAGUGGACCAUCGCCGUGCCAGGACCUCCUCAUGACCUGCAGACAAGAGAGGUGCGAAACAACUCCCUGGUGUUGCUAUGGAGACCACCUGUGUACCAGGGCCGCGAUCCGGUCAAUGGGUUCUACGUGGACAUCAAGGAAGCGGACGCACCGGCGGAGGCGUGGAGAGGAAUCAACACCAAGGCUACGGAGAAGAAAUACAUGAAGAUUAACAAUCUGAAGGAAGGCGAGACGUUUGUGUUCCGUGUGCGCGCUCAGAAUAAUGCCGGUGUUGGUCAAACCUCAGACGUGUCAGAGCCGGUCCUGACUGUCACCAAACCAGGCACCAAGGAGAUAGUGGUGGAUGUUGAUGAUGACGGCAUCAUCUCCCUGAACUUUGAGUGCGGCGACAUGACCCCCGAUUCCAAAUUUGUGUGGUCAAAGAAUUACGAGGACAUCACAGACUCACCCCGCCUGACAACAGAGACCAAGGGAAACAAAUCCAAAACUGCUUUCAACACUCCUGGGGAGGAGGACAUUGGCAUCUACUCAUGUCUCGUCACCCACACUGAUGGUGCUUCAUCCAGCUACACUCUCUCUGAGGAAGAGUUGAAGAGGCUGCUGGAGGUCAGUCAUGACCACAAAUUCCCCAUUAUUCCCCUGAAGUCAGAGUUGGCUGUGGAGCUGCUUGAGAAGGGCAAAGUUCGCUUCUGGCUGCAGGCGGACAAGAUGUCACCCAACGGCAAAGUCGACUACAUCUUCAAUGAUAACGCUCUCUCCCAGGGGGAUAAAUACAAGAUGAACUUCGACAAGAACACCGGUGUGAUUGAGAUGAUCAUGGAGCAUCUGACUCCGGCGGAUGAGGGCACCUUCACCUUCCAGUUGCAGGAUGGGAAAGCUACCAACCAGAGCAGCUUGGUGCUGAUAGGAGACGUGUUCAAGGAGCUGCAGAAGGAAUCAGAGUUCCAGAUGAAAGAAUGGGUCAGAAAGCAAGGUCCUCACUUUAUCGAGUAUUUGGGUUACGAGGUGACACCAGAGUGCUGCGUUAUACUGAAAUGCAAGGUCGGCAACAUGAAGAAGGAGACGUCGGCGCUGUGGUACAAAGACGGACAGCAGAUCAAAGCAGACGAGAAUCUCGGCUUCACCGAGGGAGUGCUGAAGCUGGAAAUUGCUCAGCGCAACUCCCCUGCAGACUCGUCGGCCGACGACGUAAUCUGGAGAAGCAUAAAAAUUUCCAAGAAGGACUCUGGUGUGUAUGAGGUCGUUCUGAAGGAUGACAGAGGAAAGGACACUUCCACAUUGAAUUUGAAAGAUCAAGGUUUCAAAGACUUGAUGAAUGAAGUUUUCACUUUUAUCGCCAAUUCCUCCACUCCGCUGAAGAUCACAAGCACAGAUCAGGGCAUCCGACUCUACACCUUUGUCAGCUACUACAACGAUUUACUCCAAGUGACAUGGCACUACAAGGAUUCGGCCAUCUCCUUCUCUGACCGUAUAAAGAGCGGCGUGGUGGGAGAGCAGCUGUGGCUGCAGAUCUCAGAGCCCACAGAGAAAGACAUGGGCAAAUACGCCAUUGAGUUCAACGAUGGAAAAGGAGGCCUGAGGAGGACCGUUGAGCUGUCUGGUCAAGCAUUUGACGAUGCUUUUGCAGAAUUCAAGAGACUCCAAGCUGCUGCUAUUGCAGAGAGAAGUCGUGCUCGAGUAGCAGGAGGCCUGCCUGAUGUGGUCACUAUACAGGAGGGCAAGGCUCUCAAUCUCACCUGCAACAUCUCGGGCGACCCCGUGCCAGAGGUCACCUGGCUGAAGAACGACAGGGAGAUCACGUCCGACGACCACUGCAUCCUCAAGUUUGCGUCAGGCAAGUUCGCCAGCUUCACCAUCACCGGCGUGAACACGUCGGACUCUGGCAAGUACAGCAUCCUGGUGAAGAACAAGUACGGCACGGAGAGCGGGGACUUCACCGUAAGUGUCUUCAACCCUGAAGACGACAAGAAAAAAUAAAAGCGGUCCAAAUCUUGUCGUAAAUAUGUAUAAAUGAAAAACAACAGUUGUGAAGGAAAGAAACGGGCUUGAGGAUGUGUUAGAUGUUUUUUUGUGUAGAAUAUAAAAUUAACUCUAGGGGUGCUCAAUCUGAAAUGAAAUGUCAACAACAGUUCAGAGAGAAAUCCAGAGUGUGAUGAAGAUCCAAUAAUAACAAAUCUAACAUCACGUCCACUCAAAAAUGGUGCAAUUUUAGUUUUUUUUGUUUGUGUAAAAUUGUGGCACGCAGAGAAGCAAAUGUUGGCGCUCAUUUUACUCUGUAGAAGAAAAAUGAAACUUUACUUGACAAAAGAAAGCCAAAGAUGAUAGUUUAAUACAUGUGGUGUUGAUAGGAUGCAACGCUAAGUCAUAGAAAAGAAAAUCAUGAAGUUAGUGUGCAGUGUUUAAAUGUUUUUACAUGUUUUAUCCCAUUUGCUACAAAUCAUGCAUUGCAGGCUCAUGCAAAGCACUCGAUAACGUUAGAUUCAUUCAUGCUUUUUCUUGUCUUUCAGGCGGCAAUUUAUUUUCCUUUAUAUUAUUACAAUAUGUAAAGCAUUUUGCAGAGACUUGAAAAAUGCUAGAGGCUACAGAAAGUCGUGAUUGAAAGUCAUUGUUUCAUGUAGUUUAAGGCUUUAUGUUGGUGCAUUCAAGUGCAGGUGGGAAUCUAGAUCUUCAGAGUUAAUAGAUUCUUCUGUCAAGCUUUCAAUAAUGGUGGCAGAUUUAUUGAGAUCCUGAGUCAUUUUGAGGCUGUAUUUCAGAUACACGUAGACAAAAACAGGAUUCUCAUUUCUAGAUUUUAACUCAAUGUUCUAACUUAACGUUAGCUUAGUUAUCAGUAGUACAUUAGAGCAGAGAAAUGUGUACUGUUUAAUGCACUGAAUGCUUUGUAAAGUAAAACAGUAGAAGUUAAACAAAAUUUGUUGCAAAUGGGUUGAAACAUGUAUUGCGUCAUUUCAUCAGAUUUUACAUUUAGUCCUGUUUUAUUAUUAUUCACCAUCAUUUGAAUGUUGUGAUCAUUACAUCACUUCCAUUAUCUCCCUGAAUACUGUAUGUUUGCCCGCUGUCAUCGUUGUUAUUCAUGUGAUCCACCAUUGUUAUGAGAUCCCCUUCACAGUCCUUCAUUAAUGAUGAUGAUGCCUCCUUUAUUAUGAUGAUAACAAUGCCACUGUAAUGAAGACUGUCAGAUCACUGUUCAUUAAUAGUGGUUAUUGCAUCACUUCCUAUUCCCCUGUUGUUGAUGAGACUAAUAAAAAACGAGCAUGUACUUCCCCA